CGGGCCGGGCCCGGGAAGAGCGCGCCGGGCGUGCGGAGAGGGCAGAGGGAGAACGAGCCGGACACUCGGGGUCGGAGGAGCCCCGGGGCCUGUUCCAGGGCGGAGACAGUGCGGGGUGGACGGAUAGCGCCCUGGAGCGUGGUGUGCAAGACCCCGCGCUUGAGCCUGCUCCCUCGCCCGCAGCCCUGAAGGAGGGUCUCAGCUGAUGGGGAAUGAGGCUGGUAGGAGGAAAGGGUUGUGGAGCGGGAAAGUUGAACUUCCAGGCCCCCUGGCUGGUUCUUUCCUGGACAGACACCGAUCUACUGGACGAAAAGCCCCCCAGCCCUCUCCCCCCCAAGACUGGCGACGAGGAGGAGGGUCUCCCGGGUCAUCUACAGAGGCAUCUGUUGGGUACCCACUUCAUGCGAGCCUCGCUAGCUGGGGGAGUUCUCCGGAGCAGAGCUCGAACACGGAGAAACGGUUCUUGGGUCCCCGAGUCCCUGCUUGGCCGGAUGACUCUCGUGUGCGGGACCCUGGCAACUCAAAAAAAAAAAAAAAAAGUUAGCGAGGGAGGGCAUGGGAAGAGGUAGACGAGGGGAGUUUAGUUCCUGGACUUUCAGGGACUCGUUUAUCCAGGGAGAAUUGAUGGAGCACCCCCUGAAACCGGGGCCGUUUGUUAGGCCGCGUACUGUGGGAAGUUGCUGCCUCACGGGACGGUCGGGCAGGGGUGCCUGGCUGCCAUGGGCUGUGUGUAGGCACCAGAGGCCCGGGAGGCGUAAACGUCGGAUUCAGACUUCGGUGGUUAGAGGCUGGUGAGUAGAGGGCUGAGCAAAGGAACCCCUGCCCUUGGGUCCCUGGCGUGUCACAGGCUCCUGCCCCUCUCUGCAGGCCAUGGCAGAGGUGGCAGCCGAGGUGGCCGAGAUGCCAACACAGAUGUCGCCAGGGACGGUGGAGCUGUCGGCACUGAUGUCCGCAGAGCUGAUGGAGAUGACGCCCGGCGAGGCCCUCGCCUCGUCCCUCUUCCAGCACCACCAGUUCAUGUGCUCCGAGUGCGGCAGCCUCUACAACACGCUGCAGGAAGUCCUCUCUCACCAGGAGCAGCACGUGCUCGGCUCCGAGGAGGAGGCGCUGAGCACCCAGGAAGCUGGCCUGCAGCCCGAGCUGGUGCCCGACACCGAGGAGGGGCCUUUCCAGUGUGGCGAGUGCAGCCAGCUCAUCCUCUCCCCCGGCGAGCUCCUGGCCCACCAGGAUGCCCACCUCCGGGAAUCUGCGAGCCAGAUCCAGUACCAGUGCGGGGACUGCCAGGAGCUGUUUCCCUCACCUGAGCUGUGGGUGGCGCAUCGCAAGGCUCAGCACCUUUCUACGACAGCAGUAGAGCCACCGGUGCCACCUCCUCUGUCUCCCUCCACCCCACCGCCGCCACCCCCUCCACCACCCGAAGUCAAGAUGGAGCCCUACGAGUGCCCUGAGUGUGCCGCCCUCUGUGCCACACCGGAAGAGUUCUUGGAGCAUCAGGGCACCCACUUCGACUCCUUGGAGAAGGAAGAGCGCAACGGCUUGGAGGAGGAGGAGGAGGAGGAGGAAGAUGAGGAAGAUGAUGAUGAGGAGGAGACAGAGGGGGAGGAGGGAGCAGGGGCAGAGGUCACCGAUGAUGCCUUGGGAGGUGACAGGUCCACAGCUGGCCAGGCCCAGGGCUGUGGGGAUUGUCCCCAACGCUGUACCUCAUCAGGGGCACGCCGGAGACUCCGACGGGCAUCUCGUGGCCCAGCAUCAGCCUCCCACCCCUACCACUGCAGCCAGUGCCAGCGCAGCUUCAGCUCAGCUAACCGGCUGCUGGCUCACGGGCGGGCCCACGUAGGCGGCACACACGAGUGUUCGACCUGCUCCAAGGUCUUCAAGAAGGCGGCCUCACUGGAGCAGCACCUGCGGCUGCACCGCGGCGAAGCCCGCUACCUGUGCGUGGACUGCGGCCGCGGCUUCAGCACAGAGCUCACGCUGGUGGCGCACCGGCGGGCCCACACUGCCAACCCAUUGCACCGCUGUCGCUGUGGCAAGACAUUCAGCAACAUGACCAAGUUCCUCUACCACCGGCGCACUCACGCUGGCAAAAGCGGGGCUCCCCCCAGCACUGCAACAGCCUCCCCAGCUCCCGCUGAGCCCACCCCGCCUCCACCGCCCCCAGCCCCAGCCCCGCCAGCCCAGCUGCCUUGUCCACAGUGUUCCAAGUCCUUUGCCUCAGCCUCUCGCCUCUCCCGGCACCGGCGUACGGUACAUGGGCCCCCCGAGCGGCGGCACCGCUGUGGCAUCUGCGGCAAGGGCUUCAAGAAGCUGGUGCACGUGCGCAACCACCUGCGGACCCACACAGGCGAGAGGCCCUUCCAGUGCCACUCGUGUGGCAAGACCUUCGCUUCUCUGGCCAACCUCAGCCGGCACCAGCUGACCCACACAGGUGUGCGGCCCUACCAGUGCCUGGACUGCGGCAAGCGCUUCACACAGAGCUCGAACCUGCAGCAGCACCGGCGGCUGCACCUGCGGCCAGUCGCCUUCGCCCGUGCUCCCCGCCUCCCCAUCACCGGUCUCUACAACAAGAGCCCCUACUACUGCGGUACCUGCGGCCGCUGGUUCCGAGCCAUGGCGGGCCUGCGCCUGCACCAGCGGGUGCAUGCCCGAGCACGGAUGGCCGCACUGCAGCCUCCCCGGUCACCACCUCCCGCCCCGACGCCGCCGCCCGAGCCCCAGCAGACCAUCAUGUGCACGGAGCUGGGGGAGACCAUCGCCAUCAUUGAGACCUCCCAGCCGCUGGCACUGGAGGACACGCUGCAGCUGUGCCAGGCUGCGCUGGGGGCCAGUGAAGCCAGCGGGCUGUUGCAGCUGGACGCGGCCUUCGUGUGACCACCGAGGGGCAGCAGCAAAAGGACUGGGUUGUAGCAGCGAGGGUGGGGGCCUCUGGUGAGAAAGAGACCACCCCUCUGGCAAGCCAGUGUGGCGCCGACUGUGUGACAGGUUCUGCUCUGGCCUCUGUCCCCACUGGCUCCUCAGAGUGGCCCUGGCUGAGGGGAAAGUGAAGCUGUAAGAGGCGGGGCGAGGCGAGGCGAUGGCCCCGGGCCACCAUGCGGCGUGGCAAAGGUGCGGCUUGCCAAGGCUCUUUUGCACUGCAUCCCCCUGGUGUCCUACAACGUGAGGUAUCCUUUAGCGAGCACCGGCCGUGUGCCAGGUCUGCUGGAGACACUCCUGUACCUCUUCCGACGCUCUGCUUGUCCCCCAGCCCCGGCCUCCCCUGGACUUCAGGCCCCCAGGACGUGGCACUGUCUGGGACUCCUUCCUCUCAAGUUUGACAAGGCAGAGGGAAAUCUGUCCUCACUCAGGCACUCAGCCCCGGACUGUGUGAUGCUGGAGACCCAGGGAUGACCGAGCCUGGAGCUCUGCCCCUGGAGGCGUGCGGCGCCCGGUGGGAGCAGCACCCACAAGUACAGAUGGCUUGCUCUCUGCGUGUGUCUCAUUCAUUCACUCAGACCCCGAGUCCUGAGGCGUUCCUGCCACGUGCCGGGCGGUGCUGGGGCAGACCCUGAGGCCCAAGGAUUCUCAAGGCUGUGAUGGGGAUGGGCAGGGUCAGUGGUGGUGCCUGAGGAGGAAUCAAACCUCCCUGGCGGAGACGGGUGGGACUUCCUAGUGGAAGAGGGAGAGAAUGUGC